AUGUCUAUUGAAAAAUACACUAGCACCGAUUAUGGCACUAAUUUGGAGCUAUACGGCGGUCAAAUUCUCAACAUAACAACAAAGACACACAUUAACCUAUCAUUUGAAGCUCCAGCUGAGCAAAACCAUUACGCUGUCACUGUGAACGACCUGAACGCUUGCGAAGUCACCAUUACAUACACACAUCCUGGAUACAACGACACUAUCAAUACCGUCAUCUGGCUGCCUUCUACUGAGAACUGGACUGGAAGGCUACUAGGCGCUGGUGGUGGGGGUUGGGCGACAGGACCUGAAACCAAUACCACGCUUCCAUGGGCAACUAGCGAGGGGUUCGUUGCCAUUGCGACAGAUGGAGGUCACACUGGUAAUGACAUAAGCUGGUCGCUCGUCAGUCCCGGCAAUGUCAACUGGGUAUUAUUGGAAGAUCUAUCCUCGGUUGCGCUAGACGACCUCGCGACGCUUGGGAAGGCGGUCACGCAUUCCUACUACGGUAGAGCACCAAGCUACAGCUACUGGAACGGAUGUUCCUCGGGUGGCAGACAAGGUUAUAUGAUGGCACAGAGAUAUCCCGAUCAAUAUGACGGGAUCCUGGCAACUGCUCCUGCCAUAUACUGGAACGAGUUGAUGAUGCAACUCAUCUGGCCGCAGGUCGUCAUGAAUGAGAAUGGAUUUCCGUCCCCACAGGAGUUCGAAGCUAUAAAUGUAGCUGCCACCGAAGCCUGCGAUGGACUAGAUGGACUAAAGGACGGUAUUAUCUCGUUACCCCAAGAAUGCACUUUUGACCCAAUGACCGUUGUUGGCAGACAAUACAUUUGUCCGUCUACGAACCAAAGCAUGACGAUCACAACCACUCUAGCCACGGUAGCCAAGAUGAUAUGGCAGGGUGCUACGACAACCGAAGGCCAUUUUCUUUGGUACGCCGGCAACAUCGGUGCUUCAUUUGCUGGCCUCGCUUCAACAACGUGUAAGAGCAACAAUUCAUGUGUUGGUGUACCGUUUACCGUUCCCCAGACAUGGAUUACCGACUUUGUUCUGCGGGAUCGUGAGUACGAUACUGGAGGACUUAACAUCUCGUAUUUCGAACAGCUCUUCUACCAAGCUGUGGACCGUUAUGAUUCUAUCAUCGGAUCGGCAAACUCGAACCUCGAUGGAUUUCGCAAAGCGGGUGGCAAGCUUCUCUCAUGGCACGGACUUGCUGAUCAAGCCAUCGCGCCUGACGCGACCGCGCACUACGCGCAGCAGGUUAACGAGCGUGACGCGAAUGCUAGCGAUUACUUUCGAUACUUCGAGGCGCCAGGUGUCGAUCAUUGCGGUGGUGGGCUGGGUUGGUAUCCUGGAAAUGGUCUUAAGGCUCUUAUUGACUGGGUAGAGAGGGGUAUAACACCUGAUACGCUUGAGGCGGAGACAACAACGGGCAGGAAGGCGGAACUUUGCUUAUGGCCGAAGCAUUUGGUAUAUGUUGCUGGGAAUCCCAAUGAGGUAGCAUCGCUCUCUGUCCCUGAUAAGAAGUUAGUGGAUGCGUCACAAGGCUGGAACGCGCCAACAAGAUGGCGGAAGUUCUCGCCAUCCUCGAAGACAGAGUCUGUGUCAAUGUCGAACGGCUUGAGGAAAAUCCGUAUCUUAGGGCAGGAUCACACUGGCAAGGGUUUACUAGUCAAUUGCAUUGAAGCGGCUCAUCUGAUCGACCAAGAGCAAUAUCGAUUGUACAACUCGAAGCUCCAGGAGCUAUGCAUCGAUCUUGUAUCCACGAUUGUCAAGGAUCGCUCAGAUGUCUGCGAUGAUGAGGAUGUGUGGAUUCUCACAUCAUAUGCAGUCUUAGAGCCAUACUCAAGUCAGACUUCAGUGCGUAAAGAUGCUCUGAAUUCUUGUGUGGGGAUUAUUAGGAAAGCAGUAGAACUGAACGAAGAGUUUUCUUCAGUUGCUUUCAACUUUCCAACUGAUCGUAUUGAGUUCGAGGAUAUGGUUUUUUGGGUCAGAUGCAUACCUGGUCGCGGGUUAAGCAUCAACAGUGGCAAUCUUGCAGCAGAAUUUUUCAUACAUCAAAUGUUAGACAGUCCAUUUCCAGAUCCACCCGAUAAUACCGAUUAUCUCACGAGCUUUGCAGCGUUUAGAGCGGAGAUUCUUAGAGCGGAAAAUAUGACGGAAUCUCCCCUUGCAACAGUACCAUACAAAGGCGUAUCUUUUCAAGUUACUUUUGGGGCUAGAGAUCUGGUAACCGUUAUCGAUGCGCGAAGUCACUAUCACGAGGACGAAACUGCGCUUGUGUUUGUGUUCGAUCUCCAAGACUACAGCGUUGGUUGCCUGCGAUUCGAAGAGCUCAAGGGAAGGACUAAGAGAAAUUCACUCCUGUUAGCAGAGUCGAUCGUCUUUCCUCAACGCCCAGUCGUUGGACUUGUUCUCAGAAAUUUUGGCGCAUUUGGGAAACAAGUCAAGAUGUUUGGAUUUACAUUGGAAGGCAGCCAGCCUAUCUUUGAUGCUGGCGUCGCGGUCGAGCAUAUCAAAAUGAGUCUCAACAGUCAACUCAAAGCACAAGGAUGGGGCUACACCUUUGUCCUAAACGACAACAAAGAUAUGGACCCCAUCGAGACUCUUGACCGUCUUCGGGAGCUUAUCACCAGUGUCGACAAAUCCUCUGUAACACCUGAGAACACAUCGAGCCCAGAGAAUCAGAUUCAACUUUCCAGCGAGACUGUCGAGAGCAUUGGCGUUGCUUUUUGA